UCAUCCCACAAGACACACAGUCACUGUCAGAGUGAGAGUGAGAGCCCUGACUGACCUUGCGAUCGAGCCCCGAGCAGCAUGAAGGCAGCCGUGAGCUGGGGCUCCCUGGGCUCGCUCGUCGCCACCGCCAUGGUGGUGCGCGCGGCGGUGCGCGAGGUCCUCCCGCCGGAGGCGCCCGGGGCGCUGCGGGCGCUCCUCGCCCGCGCCGCGGCCGCGCUCGCCCAACCCACCGACGCCAUCGUGGUCCACGAGGUGGACGCCAACGGCGUGCCCAACGAGCUCUACGACGCCGCGCAGCUCUACCUGGGGGCGCGCUGCCUCGCGUCCGCGCCCGCGCUGCACCUCCACAAGGCGCACGGUGCGCCGGAGGCCGUGGCGUCGCUCCCGGACGACCACGCCGCGAGCGACACGUUCCGGGGCGUCCGCGUGCGGUGGACGUCGCGGAGCGCGGAGGCACCGGGGGGCGGCGCCGCGCACCACUACGCGCCGUUCCGCGGCCCGCGCGGCUUGUUCGGGGCCCCUGGAGGCGGCGCCGGGCGGCAGCAGCGGUGCCUGAGGCUCGAGUUCCCGCGCCGCCACCGCGACGUCGUGCGCGGCGCGUACAUCCCCCACGUCCUCGCCGUGGCGGCGGCGCUUCGGCUCAAGAUGCGGGAGCGGAAGCUCUACACUAACAACCCCAUGUUCGGCGGCGGCGGCGGGAUGGACGACCACCAGAUGCUGUGGUCGUCGCACCCGUUCGCGCACCCGUCCACGUUCGACACGCUCGCCGUCGACCCGGCGCUCCGCGACGGCAUCCGAGCGGACCUGCUCCGCUUCGUGCGCCGGCGGGAGCACUACGCGCGCGCCGGCCGCGCGUGGAAGCGCGGGUACCUGCUCCACGGCCCGCCGGGCACCGGCAAGACCAGCCUCAUCGCGGCCAUCGCCAACCUCCUCGAGUUCGACAUCUACGACCUCGAGCUCACCGCGGUGGGCUCCAACUCCGACCUCCGGAGGCUGCUCGCCUCGACGCGCCCCAAGUCGCUCAUCGUCGUCGAGGACAUCGACUGCUCCCUCGGCCUCUUCGACCGGACGAGAACGUCGCCGCCAGGCCAAGGCGACGAGCUCGACGACCCUGGAACGCCGCUCCCCCUCCGCAUGUCGCCGUACCCACCGCGUGGCCGGGAGAGGAUCAGCCUGUCCGGCGUGCUCAACUUCGUCGACGGGCUCUGGUCGUCGUGCGUCGGGGAGCGGCUCAUCGUGUUCACCACCAACCACGUCGACCGGCUCGACCCGGCGCUGCUCCGGCCCGGCCGCAUGGACCGCAAGAUAGAGCUCGGCUACUGCAAGGGCCACGCGCUGCGCGUGCUCGCCAAGAACUACCUCGGCGACGGCGACGACGAUAGUGAGCCGGCUGAUGACUGCAGGUAAGAGGAGCUGAUCGGAGAGGCAGAGAGGCUGCUGGAGGAGGUGCAUUUGACGCCGGCCGAUGUCGCGGAGGUGUUCAUGGGGUGCGACGGCGACGGAGCCCCCGCCGCGAUGCAGAAGCUCGUGGACGACCUCAAGAGCAAGAUGAUUGCUCAGAAUUCCGCAGGGAGCAACGACUGCUAAAGAUCGGUCGCUAUCAGGUUGUCACUUAUCAACAAGUGCUAUCAACGUUGUCGGCGCCAAUGCAAUGUCAGAGCAAUGUCAAGUAGUUUCGGCAGAAGACAUCAGAAGAGGCUUUUGCUUUGUAAGAGUGAACUCUGUUUUAAGUAGAAGUCUUCUUGAAAAGGAACUCUGUUGUAAGAGUGAACAAUCUUUUUAUCUCUUUUCUUU